CCGGGGUAGUCUGACUUGUGCGCAUCAGCAGAGCGCAUGCGCAAGCAGUGAAACAGCUACGGUGCGAGGUGACAGCUGCACUGAUGAUAUCGAUGAACGUAUCCAGCGGGAACAACAAUCCGCACAGUACCCCAGGGAAGAAGCACAAAAAGAAAAGCAAGAAGCAUCGCAAAGGAACUGGUGACGACAUUCCCCGCCUCGGUCUUGGGCCUCCGCUGCCCACCGCAGAUGAACUCUGUCACAUCCUGACCAUCCACACCCCCUCCACCCCCCCAAAGUCUCCCCCCACCCCUCCACCACUCAUCCUCUCCCAGAGCCCCCCUGACCUCAAGCCCGCCGCCCCACUCCCGCGCUCCCUGCCCAUCUCCAUCCCUGGCUCUCUCUCCGACUCCCCGCCGGCCUCUGUGCCAACCUCCGAGCCCGCGCCACCCUCCCCCGCCAGCCUCGUCUCGCCGCCCGCCACCCCUGCCUCCCCAGUCAUCGCACCCUCCCUUGGCCUUCCCCCGGUACUCCUCUCCGCCAGCACCCCUCCCUCCCCACCACAGACCCUCCUGACUGAGACUCUGACCCAUUCCCGCACUGACACUCACACUCACUCUUACAACGACACCCCUCCACCUCUGCAGACGCUCAGUCCCCCACCGACAGACUUUACCCCACCACCGCAGGCCCUAAGCCCCCCAGCGCCAGACUUCACCCCCCCUCCGGCUGAGCUGCUGGGAUCGGAUGAUGAGGAGCAAGAGAACCCGUCAGAUUACUGCAAGGGAGGAUACUACCCAGUGAAGAUCGGAGACUUAUUUAAUGGCAGAUACCAUGUCGUCAGGAAACUAGGAUGGGGACACUUCUCGACAGUAUGGCUUUGCUGGGACCUACAUCGGAAGCGGUUUGUAGCACUAAAGGUGGUGAAGAGUGCUCAGCACUACACAGAAACAGCCCUGGAUGAAAUCAAGCUGCUCAAAUGUGUUCGUGACACAGACCCUACAGACAAAAAGAGGGAAACUAUUGUACAGCUGAUAGACGAUUUCAAAAUAUCUGGCAUCAAUGGUGUUCAUGUCUGCAUGGUGCUGGAGGUGCUUGGACACCAACUGCUGAAGUACAUCAUCAAGUCCAAUUACAUGGGCCUGCCUCUGGUCUGUGUCAAGAGCAUCCUCAGACAGGUCUUGCAAGGCCUGGACUACUUGCACUCCAAAUGCAAGAUCAUCCACACAGAUAUUAAGCCAGAGAACAUCCUGUUGGAUGUGAAUGAUGUGUACGUGAGGCGCCUGGCGGCUGAGGCCACGGUAUGGCAGCAGGCAGGAGCCCCACCGCCUUCUGGCUCCUACGUUAGCUCCGCUCCAAGGGAAAAUCAGAUGGGGAAGGUGUCCAAGAACAAGAAGAAGAAGAUGAAGCGGAAGGCCAAGCGGCAACAGCGCCUCCUGGAGGAGCGGCUGAACGACCUGCAGAAGCUGGAGGAGCUGGACGUCACCGGCACUUCUCCACCCGAGCACCCCAGUGGCAGCGCGCCUCCCCUGGGCAACAACAACAACAACAACACACAGGGCCCCCGGCCCCUCUGGAGGCUCCAGGAGGACGACGAGGACGACGACGAGGCUGACGGGAACCCACCAGGUUGCCGCUCGGUCUUCAACGGUAACGGCAAUGCCAACCUGCGGGUGCACGGCAGCAAGGACAGUCCAGAGUCGGGCUCCUCGUGGCUGGAGGAAGGCCUCAACGGACACGGACACGGCCUCAGUCACAUCCCCGGCCUCGGCCACCUCCCCGGCGGUCCCAUGCGCUUCUCCAGCCCGGGCUCCGCCCUGUCGGGGACGUCCGGCUCCGUCUUGUCGGCCACCUCCGAGUCCGUCCUGUCCUCGCUCUCCGGCUACUCCACGGGCGCCGACAGCCAGCAAUCGCAAUUCUCCUCCAGCUCGUACAGCGCCGCAGAUUUCCUAGUAAAUCCACUGGACCCACAGAACGCUGACAAAAUCACCAUCAAGAUCGCAGACCUGGGAAACGCCUGCUGGGUGCACAAGCACUUUACAGAGGACAUCCAGACCCGACAGUACCGCGCCCUGGAGGUGCUUAUAGGGGCCGAGUACGGACCUCCCGCGGACAUCUGGAGCACAGCAUGCAUGGCAUUUGAGCUGGCCACAGGAGACUAUCUGUUUGAGCCCCACUCAGGAGAGGACUACACCAGAGAUGAAGAUCACAUAGCUCACAUCAUUGAGCUUCUGGGCCCCAUUCCACCUCACUUUGCCCUCUCAGGACGCUACUCUCGCGAGUACUUCAGUCGCAAAGGCGAGCUCCGGCACAUCGCCAACCUGAAGCCCUGGGGGCUGUUCGAGGUGCUCCUAGAGAAGUACGAGUGGCCCCUGGAGCAGGCGGCCUCGUUCAGCGACUUCCUGCUCACCAUGCUGGAGUUCCUGCCCGAGAAGAGGGCCACCGCCGCCGAGUGUCUGCACCACCCCUGGCUCAACUCUUAACACGCACAACACAUUUACACACACACCAUGGAAUUGACACAAUUGAUCGAUGAACUGGGAAAAUCUCUCUCACUCUUUGACACACACACACACACACACACACACACACACACACACACACACACACACACACACACACACACACACACACACACACACACACACACACACACUACUGCUGCACACAACUACUGACAACUAGACUUGAUCCAUGCACUGGGGGGGAGAAAAACGUUAGUAAACACACACACAUAUACACACACAAGCCUGUAAUGAUACCAGAUUUUGCUGGAUGAUUGACAAUUGACAAAGAUAUAAAAGUUCUAUUUAUUGAUGGAUUAUUUAUUGAUGGUUAUUGUUACAGGCAUACACACACACUGACAAAAACACACUCAAUCCAUGCACUGAGAAAAAGCAGCAUUGUAGGUACGUGCACAUGCAUACAUACAGUACAUAAACAUACAAAAGACCGACAAAACUACACUUGAUCCAUCCAUGCACUGGAGAAAAAGCAAUGUUCCACACAGACACACAACACAUAAGGUUGAGGAACUCGUCCUUGCACAUGAAUACACACACACACACACACACACACACACACACACACACACACACACACACACACACACACACACACACACACACACACACACACACACACACACACACACACACACGCAUUGGGAGUAACUCCUUAUGCAGCUACACUGUAAACACAUAAUGUACACUCUAUUUUUCUCUAUUUUCUAUGACGCACAGAAGCAACUCCCUCUACUGUGUACAUGCAGUCUUGAAUAUGAGUAGCAGAUAAAACCCCCCAGCACAUUAUGCUAUAUGUCCAUUCUUUUCACUACAUGUAGGUCCUUUCCUUUGCUUUCCUUUCCUUGUCCUUGCACACACAUGCAGAGAACCACGUAGAACCGUGCUAAUAACCCAUAGCCUGCUCUCUCUCCCAGCCUAUCGCCUGCAAAUCAUUCAAUUUCCUAGCGUCCUUUCCUCCAUCCUCAAGGGUUUGUGCAGGUUGACGGUAAGGAAACCUUAUUGAUUUCUCCACAGAGGGGGGGGGGCGUACUGAGGCAUAAGGUUUUAGGCUGUAGGAAAGGUCAAGUGGAACUAGAAUGAUAUACAGCAGCACAGUCAGCCAUCAGCACCCCACGGUAUAGUCCCAGGUGCACACAUGUCCGAAUGUAUCACAAGUAUUAUGGUAAGACAAAACUUCAGAUUUACCUGAUUCUGAGCACACAGCUAGCCACCGUGUAACCUCAGUUCUUUUUAAGUACUAUUAUUAUUAUUAUUACUAUUAUUAUUGAGCUUUGAUUUCUGUAAAUGUUUGGAAUAAAAUGUCUGUCAAUUGUUUUCCAGAUGUAUGGUUGUCUGAUGUCAAGUCAAGUUGGGUCAUGUAUUUAUAUGUUAUAAAAUAGUGCCUUGAUAUGCCAUGAUGUGUAAAAAUGAAAAAUAGGAGGGGAAAACAUGCCUUCACUUUUUUAUAUAUGUUCGCCAGUUGGUGUGUGGAAUGCUUGUUUGUGAAUAUACAAAAUACUGCGUAUGACCGUGACUGGAGACCAGAGAAUUAAGUUAAAUAAAUAAAAUAAACUUAUAUGACAAGUACAGUACAACCUCUGUUGGGUCAUUUCUUGAGCAAGGAAGUAAUCUUUACAAAGAGUUCCAGAUAUGUUUUAAAAAGAUUGAAGUCCCUAUGCACAACCAAUGUCCAAGACCUGGUGACGCAGUGACGUACCCUGCUUGUUCCUGGAUUACAGUUUUUCUCAAUUGGCUUUGUACAUUUCUCACAACAGAAUAAUGAUUCUCAAAAGUCUUUGUUCAAUUGUGACUUCCUGGUGUUACCUCUGCACAUGGUCAAAUCAGUUUCUCAUUGUUUUCGGCAUAUAGCAAAUGCUCUCGUCCACCAUGCCAUGGCUGUGUACAAUUCUCAGUCAUUUCGUACUUUAGCAAUUACAUUUGUCAUAUCACUCAAAAAGCUUUGUCACUGAAUGCAUGAAACUAUCUCACCCCCCAAAACAUUUAGGCCCUAUGUCAUAGUUUAAGUCUUGACAUGCAAAAUGAUUUACCAAGCUGUCAUAAUGUGAUGAGCACUGUAU